AUGCUGUAUACUGCAUCAGUACUCUUUGGUCUUAUCGGCCAGCUGCUUGCCAUUAGCCUGCCCGUGACGAAAAACCCUCUUGGUUAUACCCCGCCCAUUCUUCCCAGUCAGGACCCAUUCUACAAGCCCAACAACACAUCCUGGGAAUCAUCUACGCUGGGUACAAUCCUUGGGUCUCGAAAUGUGAACGUCGGCUCUACACUCAUCGACCUCUCACUUAUACAUUCCGCAUACCAAAUCCUAUACCGCACAACCAACGCACACGGAGACCCAAGUUACGCGGUAACAACAGUCAUUAUCCCAAUCAACGCGAAAAAUGACAAGCUCCUGUCCUAUCAGAUUGCCUACGACUCUCCUGACAACAACUGCUCGCCCUCAUACUGGGUCCAGGACGGCGUUCCCCCAAACCGAUGGGAAAUCUUCGGGGAGCUUGGUACAUUGAUUCAAAUGUUCCUUGCCCAGGGUAUCCCGAUCAACAUCCCCGAUUAUGAGGGCGUGAAUGCCUCGUUCACAGUCGGAACUCAAUCGGGCUACGCCGUUCUGGACUCAGUUCGGGCUGCCACAAGGUCCGGAUCAAUCACCGGGAUCAGCUCGAACGCCCAAACUGCGAUGGUAGGUUAUUCAGGCGGGGCGAUUGCCACUGAAUGGGCCAGCGAGCUGCAUUCGGUAUACGCACCCGAUGCUCGAAUCUCCGGCGCAGCAAUUGGCGGCUUACCGACCAACACCACCAAGACGUUUUUCGCAAUCGACGGAACACCGAGUGCGGGAUUGAUUUCUGCCUCUUUCAAUGGCAUCGCGAAUACGUUUUCGUGCUUUUCGACGUACUUGAAUCGGCAUCUGCUUCCGCAUCAUGCGGCAGAAUUUUAUUCAACGAAACGACAGUGCACAAGCGGUACAAGAGGCGGUUUAGCUCCGUAUGCUAACCAGAGCAUAAUCCCAUACUUUGAUAACGGUAAUCGGAUUGUUUAUGAUCAGGCGGACUUGUUGAACUCGAUUGGGACGAUGGGGCUUCAUGGUAUUCCGAACUUCCCGCUUUAUAUUUGGAAAGGAACCAGGGACGAGGUUGCGGUCCCUAUUGAAGACACAGAUGCCUUGGUGGAGAAAUAUUGCGCGGAAAGAACUAACAUCACCUAUGUGAAAGUGGAAAAUGGGAAUCACUUGCAGGCAAGGGUAGCGGGCCUGCCUGGAGCUGGAGCUUUCUUGAGAGCGCUUUUUGAGGGCCAAGUACCGGACAGGUGCACAACUACCACGAUUCCUGUCAUUCGAUUAUAG